AUGUCUGCUCUUCGGACGACUUCUCGCCUCUUCGCCUCCUCGCGGCCACUCUUCCGCCCCGCCGCUUUUGCUCGUUCUUAUGCGACGGUGGAGGCCCAGAGCCAGGACCCCGUGCCCUCCGCACAGCCCCGGAUGAAGACCUUCCACGUCUACCGCUGGAACCCCGACAAGCCCGCCGAGAAGCCCACCAUGCAGGCCUACUCCCUGGACCUGAACAAGACCGGCCCUAUGAUGCUGGACGCCCUCAUCCGCAUCAAGAACGAGAUGGACCCCACCCUGACCUUCCGCCGCAGCUGCAGAGAGGGUAUCUGCGGUAGCUGCGCCAUGAACAUUGACGGUGUCAACACCCUGGCUUGCCUUUGCCGUAUUCCCACCGAUACCGCCAAGGAAUCUCGCAUCUACCCUCUGCCUCACACCUACGUCGUCAAGGAUCUGGUGCCCGACUUGACCCAGUUCUACAAGCAGUACAAGUCCAUCAAGCCGUAUCUCCAGAACGACACCAAGCCCGAGGAUGGUCUGGAGUACCGUCAGAGCCCCGAGGACCGCAAGAAGCUGGACGGUCUGUACGAAUGCAUUUUGUGCGCCUGCUGCUCGACGUCCUGCCCCUCGUACUGGUGGAACAGCGAGGAGUACCUCGGACCCGCCAUUCUCCUCCAGUCGUACCGGUGGCUGGCCGAUUCGCGUGACCUGAAGACGGCCGAGCGCAAGGCGGCGCUCGACAACAGCAUGAGCGUGUACCGGUGCCACACCAUCCUGAACUGCUCACGAACCUGCCCCAAGGGUCUGAACCCGGCGCGUGCGAUUGCGGAGAUCAAGAAGAUGAUGGCGGCUCAUUAG